UCUGUCAAACGCGCCCGUCGGUGCGUAAACAUCGAAAAUUCGUAAUUCGAACACUAUACUCGCACUCGUUUUUGACAGCUUGCGGCAGACAUUCUUCGUGGUUGCGCACAUUCUCGAGGUUUUGCAGUGUAAAAAGUUUUGCUAAAAUCAAAAAAUGUCGUUCGCCCUGAGAAGCACUGCUCGUUUGGCCGCCUCGGUUCGGCCAGCUCUGCGCUCGAUGCAGUCCCGUGGCUACGCCGACGAGAUGGCAUUCACCCUGGCCGCUGCCAACAAAGUGUACUACGAUUCGGCACACAUCCGGCAAGUGGAUGUGCCCUCGUUCAGCGGCGCCUUCGGUAUCCUGCCCAAGCACGUCCCCACCCUGGCUGUCCUGAAGCCCGGAGUCGUCACCGUGUACGAGCAGGACGGUGCCACCAAGAGGAUCUUCGUUUCCAGCGGCACCAUCACCGUCAACGAGGAUUCCUCCGUUCAGGUGCUGGCCGAAGAAGCUCACCCCGUUGAGGAUCUGGACUCCGGUGCGUGCCGUGAGAUUCUGUCCAGCGCCCAGAGCCAGCUGUCCUCCGCCUCUACUGAUAAGGAACGUGCCGAAGCCGGAAUCGCAGUGGAGGUUGCCGAGGCCCUGGUGAAGGCCGCCGAAUAAGCGCGAUCGCGGUGAAUACUGCCAUCUCAGAUAAAGUCUUUUGUUGAAACCAUUCUUAAUAAGCUAAAUAUUCACGCACUGCGAUUGGGCCAUAUAGUAAAACCGAUUGAAUCGAUGGAACGUUUUCGGAUAUUCGGGGAAGACAUCUUAGGGUACAGCCGAAUCGAAGGUGCAGUGAACAAGAACCAGUUGUGAGGGAUUAAUAAAUUGAAGCAGACAGCGAGUUUAGAAGCGUA